GGCCAGGCUGAUCUCGAACUUGUGACCUCAGGUGAUCCGCCCGCCUCGGCCUCCCAAGGUUCUGGGAUUAGAAAGUGUGAGCCGCCCCCCGCCGGUUGAACAUCUGAAGCUUCUAAAGCGAACUCUUAGGUUUCAUUGGCACGAGGGGCUCGAACCAGGUCAGCCUUCCAGGCGUCAGUGCCCAAUGCUUGGCAUCUACUCACAGAAACCAGGAAUGAGGGGCUGGAGGCGGAAACAGCUUGAAGAAAGAGGUAGAGGCCAGGGAGUGAGGACGGUGUCUCCUUUUCCUGGAAGUUGGUAAUUCAGGCAGAAGGAAAUUGGAUGAGCUUCCAGAACACCCGGGGGGCCAGGUGGCCCCGAUCCCACCUCCACUGCGGAGACGCGGCCCCUUUAAGGCUCCCGGAAACGGUCCCACAGGACCGGAAGUGACCCUCUUUAUUUCUCUGCCUCACGUGGUGCGGGCAGGAAGUGACGCGCGUGGCCCGGGAGCUGCGGACGCAGAGGCCGACGGAGCUGGAGUCGCAGACGCCGCGGGGUCUCCGGGACAGGAACCCUCAGUGCUGUGUCUAGAUUCUGCAGGGGAGGUUUGCUGGGAUCUUGACCCCACCGAGCCAGCGAAAUGGCAGCCACACUCGAUUUGAAAUCAAAGGAGGAGAAGGAUGCCGAGUUGGACAAGAGGAUCGAGGCUCUUCGGCGGAAGAAUGAGGCCCUCAUCCGGCGCUACCAGGAGAUUGAGGAAGACCGUAAGAAAGCUGAACUUGAGGGAGUCGCGGUCACAGCUCCCCGAAAGGGCCGCUCAGUGGAGAAGGAAAAUGUGGCAGUGGAGUCGGAGAAGAACCUGGGUCCUUCCCGGAGGUCUCCUGGGACCCAUCGGCCCCCAGGGGCCAGCAAGGGGGGCCGGACUCCUCCACAGCAGGGAGGCCGGGCUGGCAUGGGCCGAGCAUCGCGCAGCUGGGAGGGAAGUCCUGGGGAGCAGCCUCGAGGAGGAGGAGGAGCUGGGGGCCGUGGCCGGAGGGGCCGGGGCCGGGGUUCCCCUCACCUCUCUGGAGCUGGAGACACCUCAAUCUCUGACCGUAAAUCUAAGGAGUGGGAGGAGCGGCGCAGACAGAACAUUGAGAAGAUGAACGAGGAGAUGGAGAAGAUCGCCGAAUACGAGCGCAACCAGCGGGAAGGGGUGCUUGAACCCAACCCGGUGCGGAACUUCCUGGAUGAUCCCCGGCGACGCAGUGGGCCCCUGGAGGAAUCUGAGCGGGACCGCCGGGAGGACAGCCGCCGGCAUGGUCGCAACUGGGGGGGCCCUGACUUUGAGCGGGUGCGCUGUGGCCUCGAGCACGAGCGGCAGGGCCGCCGAGCUGGCCUGGGCAGUGCUGGAGACAUGACGUUGUCCAUGACGGGCCGGGAGCGGUCGGAGUACCUGCGCUGGAAGCAGGAGAGGGAGAAGAUCGACCAGGAGCGGCUGCAGAGGCACCGCAAACCCACUGGCCAGUGGCGGCGCGAGUGGGACGCCGAGAAGACUGAUGGGAUGUUCAAGGAUGGCCCAGUCCCUGCCCAUGAACCAUCCCACCGCUAUGAUGACCAGGCCUGGGCCCGGCCCCCGAAGCCCCCUACGUUUGGGGAGUUCCUGUCCCAGCGCAGAGCUGAGGCCAGCAGCCGCAGGAGGAGAAAGAGCAGUCGGCCUCAGGCCAAGGCAGCACCCCGGGCCUACAGUGACCAUGAUGAUCGCUGGGAGACAAAAGAGGGGGCAGCAUCCCCAGCCCCUGAGGCUCCACAGCCCACUUCCCCUGUGGAGACAUCCACGCAGCUACCCAAGAUCCCAGCUCCUGCACACCAGCCUCCCGAAGACAAGGGGGAAGAGAACGAGGGGGAAGAGGAUGAAGAAUGGGAGGACAUAAGUGAGGAUGAGGAGGAGGAGGAGGAGGAGGAGAUCGAGGUGGAAGAAGGUGAUGAGGAGGAGGAACCAGCCCAAGACCACCAAGCCCCAGAGGCCGCCCCCACUGGGAGCCCCUGCAGUGAGCAGACCCACGGAGUCCCCUUCAGUCCAGAGGAGCCCCUGCCGGAGCCCCAGGCCCCUGGCACGCCUUCCAGCCCUUUCUCACCACCCAGCGGCCACCAGUCCGUGUCCGAUUGGGGUGAAGAGGUGGAGCUGAAUUCUCCCCGGACCACCCACCCGGCUGGUGCCCUCUCUCCGGGAGGUGGCCAGUCAGCCCCUGCCUCCCUGGAGAGUGGGCCCAGCCUCCCAGGAACCCAGAAAGCUGAAGAGGAAGGGUCUGAGGCAAUUCCAGAGGCGGGCCCCGAGGGCCAGGAGACGGCGGAGAUCACCGACUUCCAGAGGGUGCGUUUCUGCAAGGUGGUGGCGGCCCCUCCGCCGCCGGGGGCCGCUCGCUGACCGCGCCCGCCGGACCGCGGCCUCCGCGCUCUGCACUAACCUCCCAUCGCCUCGCUUCUCUGUCCUCUGCUUCUGCCACACUCCAGCCAGGAGAGGGUUAAAUGUAAGGGGGGAGGAGCCAGGGUUUGCGAGCCGGGCGGGGCCAGGGCAGUAGUCGGUGCAGGCCCCACCAACGGGGGACGUCGCGGUACCGGGACGGCUGGGACGCUUCCGCGUUAGCCUCCCAUGGAGGCCCUGGGCGGCUCGGGUCGAAUUUCCCGCCUCCAGGAUUGCAUCCGAGGCCUGGCAGAUAGCCGGUGACUCUUCCGAAGGGCUUGAAUUACUCGGGCACCAGCCUUGUCUUAUUAAACGCAAUGCUUCCGCUCA